GAAUUCAAAUAAAUAAAUAUCUAACUUACUUCACCAAAAUCGAAGAAUCUGAAAGAGAAAGCUUCAGAAAACCCAGAAAAGAAAAAAAAAUCAAACAAACAAGAUGAGAAACAGCAACCAUUUGAUCGGUUUACUAAAUUUCUUAACCUUUCUGCUCUCAAUACCAAUCUUGGGCGGCGGGAUAUGGCUGAGCAGCCGGGCCAACAACACCGACUGUCUCAAGUUCUUACAGUGGCCGUUGAUCAUCAUUGGCGUGGCCAUCAUGGUGGUUUCUUUAGCCGGUUUCGCCGGCGCCUGUUACCGCAACACCUUCCUCAUGUGGUUCUAUCUCUUUGUCAUGUUCUUCAUCAUUGCAGCUCUUAUUGGCUUUAUCAUCUUUGCUUAUGCUGUGACUGACAAAGGAUCGGGUCGGCCCGUCAUGAACCGGAAUUAUUUGGAUUAUUAUUUGCAGGAUUAUUCUGGGUGGCUCGAGAAACGAGUUGCUAGUGAUAGCUACUGGGGUAAGAUUAGUUCUUGUAUUAGAGACUCCAAGGUUUGUAGCAAGAUGGGAAGAACUGUUAGUGGAGUUCCUGAGACUGCUGAUAUGUUUUAUUCAAGGAAGCUUAACUCUGUUGAGUCUGGCUGCUGCAAGCCCCCAACAGAGUGUGGCUAUACGUAUGUGAAUGAGACAUUUUGGAACCCUGGAGGAGGGUCGUCGGGGACAAAUUCGGACUGCACCCAGUGGAGCAAUGAUCAACAGCAACUUUGCUAUCAAUGCAACUCUUGCAAAGCCGGUGUUCUGGCCAGCCUCAAGAAGAGCUGGAGGAAGGUCUCGGUGAUCAACAUCGUUGUAAUGGUAAUCCUAGUGAUCUUUUAUGUGAUUGCCUAUGCAGCUUUCAGGAACAAUCGUCGGAUUGAUAAUGAUGAACCCUAUGGUGAAGCCAGGAUGACAAAGUCACAACCCAGUAGGAUCCAGCUUUAAAUAAGACGGACAUGGGUAGUGUUAGUUUGUCAAGAUUGUAAUUCAGGGUUUUGGUAUUGUAUUAUUAGGACUGGGUUUGUUUUAAACAAGGAGCUGGCAUUUUUGGUUUUAACAUUUGAAAUGUUGGCUGUAAAUGUCAUGUUCAUGGUUAUCUUUUUUUCUUUUGUCAAUAUUCAGAAAAAGAACAAAAACAUAUCAAUGUAUUAAAGACAAAAGGAAUGCAUACUGAUUUUCCUUCAAUGAA